AUGCCUACUAUCGCUGUUCUCGGAGGAACUGGAGCCCAAGGUGGCUCCGUCGUUAGACAGCUGCAGAAGUCGUCGACCUGGAAGAUUCGCAUCCUCACGCGAAAUGCUAACAGCGACAAAGCAAAAGCCCUCAAUUCUCAAGGUAUCGAGGUUGUCGCCGCUGAUGUCAACGAUGAAGCCAGCCUCGUCAAUGCUUUCAAGGGUAUUGAUGCCAUCUUCGCGGUCACUACUUACUGGGAGUCCGUCCUGAGCCUCGGCCGCGAUGGUGCCGGCGAGGAAGAACUGCAGCAGCUCAAGAAUGUCGCCAACGCAGCGCAAAAGACCCCAACCCUGUCUCAUUUCAUCGUGAGCAGCCUACCUCCAGCUGAGAAGUCAUCCGGAGGCCAGUUCCCGGUACCCCAUCUCGACUACAAGGCGAAGGCAGUGGACUGGAUCAAGGAGGCCCUCCCGGAGCUAUACAGCAAGACGUCCCAGAUCUGGCCCGGUUGGUAUCCCACCAACCUGGCGACUCUCCCCAUGGUCCGAUUCCUGGAAAUUCCCGGCUCCUACGGCGGUUAUUUGUUCACACAGCCGAGCAAGCCGUCUUCUCUUCUUCCCAUCGUUGGCGAUAUCGACCACAACUUCGGCAUUGUAGUUGAGGGCCUUCUCAAAGCCGGCAAGAAGGCCUAUGAGAAAAUUGCUGUGGUUAUUACGGAAUACCUGCCGUUCACCGAUGUCGUCCGCGUCUUCGAGGAAGUCACCGGCAAGCGUGCAGCAUAUGCUGAGAUUUCCGACGAGGCCGCGAUUAAGCUGUAUGGAGUCUAUGGCGCUGAGUAUGCGGCACAGCUCCGCUGGAGCGAGAAGGUCCCGAACUGGGAGCAGAUCGAUCCCCAGAGUGUCAUUAGCCUCGAGGAACUGGGGGUGAAGGACAAGCUGAUUGGUUUCAAGGGUGCACUGGAAACUCUCAAGGCCAGGAUUGUUUGA